UAGGACUUGCAUAGGCAUCCCCGAACGAACGAAUAUGGCGUUCUCCUCCUAGCCAAAUCUGCUGCGCGUACGCAAGCCGCGUGGCGAUCGGCGCGGCUCCUUCCCUGCCGUCCUCCUCGUUAGGUCAAACCGCGCGGUUUCGCACCUCCUUCCUUCCCUGAAUUCCGAUAAGCACAGCUACAGGUUCGGGCUCCCGGCUUUCGUAGCUUGAGGGAACGAAUUGAGCCUUAAGGUUGCCUACACGAUACGCCUCGAAGGUUCAGUCAGCUUCGAGUCUAUGGACGUGUCGAGUCGAGUCGAGUCGUGUCGUGUCGAGUCGUGUCGUGUCGUGUUGAGUCGUGUCGUGUGGAGUCGUGUCGUGUCGUGUAGGCAACCUUUAGGCUCAACAACUUCGUCAGGCGAGCUUCUAGGCUAUUAGUUAACGCUGUGGUGACGUGUGUCCUCCCGACGAGUGCUCACCGAUUUGAGCGGGAUUAGGGACCGGUAGCCUCAGGCCGUUCUGCUUACUGAUUUUUGAGUUGUAUUUUGAGUCGACUCAAAAAUCACCUGGGAUUAGGGACCAGUAGCCUCAGGCCGUUCUGCUUACUCUUAGAUGACGCCUUGAGCCGCUAUUUUUAGAGAAACGUCAGAGUCUAGGCUUUAGAGUAUCAUUGGAAGCCAAUUGUAGGGAUUUCCGCCCCGAAAUGCACCUAGGCUAGCCGGCUCGAGCUCGCCUUGCAAAUCGCGUUGCUGCUUGGAUUCUUGAAUUCUCGCCUGGGUUUAGCGUAGCGGACGCCGUGACUGGCUUUCGACGGCACCGAAUUCGGGUACACGGUUCCUCGCGGUUCCUCUCGGUUCCUUUCGUUCGAAGCAAGAAGCGAAAACGAGCUUCGGUCAGCGGUUUCCAGCAUGCUUCCUAGCAGCGCCGUGCGCGAGCUCCUCAGGACCCGUCUGCUGCAGCCCACGGACAUAGCAGCGGGGCCCGCCUGUCUCCCCCCCCUCCUCCGCGCGCACCCCCACCUCGCCCCCCGCCUCGUCUCCGCGCUCCUCUCUUUUGGCGCUCAACCCCAGGAGGGGGGAUGGGGGGCGAGGCAGGAUACCAGGUGGGAUGGGGGGAGAGGCUGGGGGGGGGAGGGCAUGGGGGGAGGGAUGGACGGGUGGAGUGAGAGCGGAGAGCAGAGAGGUUUGGGAGGAAGAGGAGGAGGAGGAAACGAGGGUGCUGAAGCUGCUGCUUUAGACGAGGCAGUUGCAGCAGUCAUGUCUUUAAGUGGCGGUCGUGUGGGCUUUAAUCUUGACCCGGACGCAUUAGCUCUGGUGAAGGAGGCCUAUUCCGGGGCAGUGGAUUGGAUUCUCUGGGCGGCAUGCGGAUCUGAUCCGGAAUCCACACUGGCAGCUCUCGGCCAAUCAGGAGCGUCCGGGGUAUGUGGUGCGGUAUGGGGGGCGAGCGACAUAGCAUAUAGGUGCAGGACGUGUGAGCAUGAUCCUACAUGUGCCAUAUGUGUGCCCUGCUUUCUGGAAGGGGACCAUGAGGGGCAUGAUUAUGCCAUGAUCAAAACGGGCGGUGGAUGCUGCGACUGCGGCGAUCCAACGGCCUGGAAGCGCCAGGGGUUUUGCAGGAGGCAUCCGGGCCCCGGGCACGCCCUGCCCCUGCCGGAAAAUUUUGUUGCUCGGGCAGAGCCAGUGCUGGCUGCGGUUGCUGCGGAAUGGCAGCAAAAAAUAGUUUUUGCUGCCCGGAUGGAGGAAGAGCGGAGCGGAGGCACAGGGGGGGGUGGGGGGCGCGGGGGAGGAUGGAUGGGGAGCGAGGGGUUCGGAGGAGCGUCAUCCUCCUCCUCCCUAUCUGCUGCAACGCGCCUGAGAGCAGCCAAGAACGAGGCAGCAGCAGCCACUGAGAAGUUCUCGGACAUGUUUCUGAGACUAGCCAGCACCAGUGAAGGGCUGCUGCACCUUGUGUCAUCGAUUCUCACCCGGAAAGGCAACCCCGUUACAGUCACAUCGGGUGGCUUGGACCCCACGAGUCCCCCCUCUAUCCCUGCCUCUGCUGCUGUCGGCCUAGGCUCAAUCCUGAGCCCAGCCGUUGUGCCUGCCCUCCCUGGGUCGUCACAUCCCUCUUCUGCCGCGUCAUCUAGCCUCCUGGAAACCCUAGUAGCGAAUGAGGUAGGGAUCACAGAGGAAGCUAUGCAGGCGGCCCACCGCCUGCUCUACAAGCUCUUGGGCGACCCGGGCUUUAAGUACCAGUUCGCGCUCGCGUUCGUCUCCAACUACUCGGCCUUCGUCCUGGGGGGCAGCCGGGUGUCGAUUCUGGAGAGCUUUUCGGUGCAGAUAUUCACGGUGCCGGUGCUGACGCCGAGGCUGGUGGUGGAGGCUCGGCUGCUGGAUAUCCUCCUGGCAACCCUGCAGAGCACGCUGCAGGGGGCGCUGGGCCGGGACGGGCGGAUCAACCUGUCUCACGAGGAGGUCCGCAAUGGCCGAGUGACGGACGAUAUCCGCUACGUCCUCUCUCACUCCGCCUCCUCCCGCCACGUCACCGCCCGCCGCCCGGACCUGCUGCGCGCGUGGCUGCGCCAGCUGGCGGCCGCCCAGGGCAUGUGUCCGCAUGUGCGGCGCACGACCACCCAUGUGGCAAUAGAGCCCGAUGAUUGGAGCUUCGCCUACCUGUUAGAAGCACAGUUGGCGACUGUCAACCCGUUGCUCGCCGAAGCUAGUGCUGUGCCUGGGCUGGAGGCGUGGAGGGAGGCCCGGCAGGUGGAGGGAGGCUCGGCAGGGGAGAAGGGGGGAGGGGAGGGGGAGGGUGAGAGGGUGGUUGGAGGGGGUGGGUUUCCCGGUUUAGGGUUUGGGAGGAGAAAGGCCUUAAGAUGGUUUGUAGAUGAGGAUGCAGCGCAGCAGGGGCAGCAGGGGGGGCAGCAGGGGCAACAGCAAGGGCAGCAGCAAGUGGGGGUGGAAGUAGGGGGUGGUGGUGGCAAUGGUAGUGGUAGUGGUGGAAGUCACAAGGACAUGUCAACAGGUGGCGCUGGUGGCUCUGCAGAUCUCGAUGGUUCUAGCUGGAAGGCAGAGGGUUUUGACCCGGAGGCCUAUAUGGAUGAUUGGGGAGACAUGGACACAGGCACGCUAGCAGCAGCAACAUGGGAGAUGCUAGGCAUAUCUGGGGCAGGUCCUUGUGGCCCCUUACCUGCUCACCUCCCUGCUGCAGCCCCUUACCUGCCGCCCCGAGCCUGCGAGGUUCGGCAGGUGGCGGCCAGGUUCGGCAUCCCUCCGGCUCUGGUUCGGCUGCUGCAUGAGUGUGCGUGGGUGCUGGCACGGUGGCUGGCUGUGGAAGGGUUGAGAUCGCUGGGAUCCGCGUUUGGUAGUGGGGCGAGCAGUGUGGAGGCACUCAGGCUUCUCGGCCUUAGCAGGUCGGUUUUUUCUGCAUUUCCUGCUGGUGCUGGCAUUGCUGGUGCUGCUGCUGCUGGUGAUGGUACUGCUGUCCCUGCUGCUGCUGCUGCUGCUGCUGCUGCUGCUGGUACUGCCGGUGGUGGUGGCGGUGCUACAGGGGCUGCUGCUUCAGCAGGAGGGGGGGGUGGAGGGUUAGCAAUGAGAGGGAUGCGGCAGUUGGGACAGCUAGGCCUGCUACCAGGGGCCUCAGCAGCCAGGGCUCUUCUCACCUCCCCUCCCACCCUCCCCGCCCCACUCCCUCCCCCUCCCCCCCGUCCCCUCUACUAACCCCACUGCCUGCUGCCGCUACCGCUGGGAGACUCUCUGGUGACGGUUCUAUUAGGGAAGGUCUAUCUAGGGAAGGUGAAUUCGGACAAGACGGGCAGGAGCAACAGCAGCAGCAGCAGGAGCAGCAGCAGCAGAUGCUGUCCUCAGUGCUGGCGCAUGCCCCAGGGCCAUCUCUCCUGUCCUUCAAAUGGGCCCAGGACGAGCUGAUCACCCUUGCUGCAGAGGCUGCAGCAGGGAAGGCAGUUGCAGGGGGCGCAGGAGGACGGGUAGAGGGCGGUAGAAGCAGCACAGUGCGCGGUGCAGGGGAAGCAGGGG